AUGGCUUAAAUUUUUGCAGCUUAUUUAUUUAGCAAUAUUGAGGAGUCACUUAAUCAACACCCUUUGAAGACUACUGUUGCCAAAACAGUGAGGACUAAGAUCAUUGAAACUUAUCCUCAAAUUGAAGAAUAUAUGGAAUAAAUCUGGUCUAAAAAGGCAAAAGUUUUCCAAAGCAAAAUCAAGGGUGAAUCUCAUGUGACACUUUACUUGAUUGAUGAUAAAAUAUGCUUUAUUGAAUUGAGAGAUCAGCCAAUCAUGCCAACUCUGAGAAUUCUACACUAAUACCCAUUUAUGAUGCCUCAUAUGUAAUGUGAUAAGGGAGCAAUUAAGCAUAUAUUCAGUGGAAGUAAUGUUAUGGCCCCAGGCUUAACAUCACCUGGAGGAAGAAUGGAUGAUGUAGAAGUUGGUGAAGUAGUAGCUAUUAUGGCUGAAGAUAAAGAACACGCCAUGGGUGUUGGUAUCACAUGCAUGAGCACUGAGGAAAUCUUAACUGAAAAUAAAGGUAUCGCUAUCGAGUUAAUUCAAUUCAUGAAUGAUGGUCUGUGGAAACUUACUAAGCCAAAGUUGUGA